CGCGCGCACAGCCUGAAUGAGACGGCAAUUCCACGGAUUUGGCGUUGCCGUGGCAGUGAAUCGCGCCGUGUUUUGUUCACAGCCUGCCCCGUGAUGCGUUGUCGCGAGGUGGUGGUGGGUUAUAGACGGUUCUAUAAAUACAUGACGGCAUAGCUUGAAGGAUACACUAGCCGGUUAGCGCAAUGCUUUGAUACCCCAGUUAGGAGCCAGCUUUAGCUGCGGUGCCGUUACUGCAUGGCAAUGAAUGUGUGUGCACCACGGAGGGUGACAGAACAUGUUGGGCGAAAAACAAGCUUCAUGAAUAAUACAUGGCACACAUGCUCCGAGCCCUACACUUGACCUCUGGCCUACUCAGUCAUGAACUGGGCAAAGUCAACCCCAUAUACCCUCCUUGCCGCCCACCCUUCCCUGCUUAAAAUAGCACGGUUACAACAAUUCAGCAGGCAUCCAGAUGGGAAAAAUAUCGAAUCUUUUUUUUUGUUCACUCCACAAGUUCACUUUGAAAAUGUUUCAUAAAUGAGUCGUGUGUGGUUUGUCAUGCGAGUGGCUGGUGGGCAAGGCGUGUCCGUGACCUAUGCAUGCGCGCGUGUCCACUGUGAGCUUCUAGAGAACUCGUUCGCCUCCUCGGAGCGAGUGAUCGGGGCCAUGCUGGCCACCGACCGCGGACACUACACCCUCAUGAACCCAUACGAAGACCUUCCCCAGCCAAUAGGCUAUUACGCGACAAUAAGCGCACCACGAAUGCACGCGUUUGCGCUGGAGUUGCUGCAGGAUAGGCUGCAGGAGGGAGCCUCGGCGCUGGACGUGGGCUCUGGGAGCGGCUACCUCACUGCCUGCUUGGCCAGGAUGCAGGUCGGGCUGAGGGGCCGUGUCAUCGGGGUGGAGCACAUCCCUGGGCUGGUGGACGACUCUUUGGAAAAUAUCACCCGGGACGACCCCUCGCUCAUCUCUUUGGGCCGAGUGUCCAUCAAGCUUGGGGACGGGCGGCUCGGCUACCUGGAGGGGGCACCGUACGAUGCCAUCCACGUGGGGGCAGCAGCAGCCAUGGUGCCGCAUGCCCUCCUGGACCAGCUGAAGCCGGGGGGACGCCUGGUGCUGCCCGUGGGGGCAGUGGGCGGCGACCAGAUGCUGGAGCAGCAUGACAAGUUGGAGGACGGUACCAUCAGGAGCAAGCCGCUCAUGUCCGUCAUGUAUGUGCCGCUCACCGACCGCGACAAGCAGUGGCCGUGAACACCCAUCGGGGGUCGUCGACGUGGGCCGGAGGUUGUUGGUGAUUGUGAGCGGCGCUUCGAUGGUGAAACUAAAUCAAGGGACUGCAUUGGCGGUGAACACGCCAAGUACAGAACCCCACCACGUUUGUCAUUGACACCGCUUACGAAUGUGGAGUUUUAUUUUAUUCAUAUGGUUUGGGCAAUUCAUGUAGCCAUGGGCGUGGAUUUUUUUUUAAAUUGUGUCAGUAUUUUCAGAGUAUGCAUUGAUGUUGUGCAUAGUGAAAGCCACCAAAGGGAUUAAUUUUAUGUCUUUUGACAAUUUGCAACGAGCCAGGAACCACGGCCGUUUGCAGCUCAACAGUUUAUUGUAAUUAAAUACCCAGAAAUUACAACGAUCAAUACUUAUUAUAAAAACCUGUCUCAAAACCUAUUAAAAGUAACAUAAAACAAGCUCAAUAACCAAGCGCGAUGCCCUCGAGUUGCAUCGCAUCGCGAACGCCCGUCUCUUCGUACAGAAACGGGUGGCAAACAGCAAUGCUCAUCACACACGCUGGCGUGGGUCGUUAAACCUGGCUCCGUUACCGAGCAGUCCGAGAAAACCUCGGCAUUCGUGUUCACGCAUGCCUUCUCUUAACGAGCACCAAAGCGUGCGCUCGCAUGGAAGCUGCGUGUUGACUUGCGAGGGCUCCCGAGGUCGCUGGCAAAAUGUAUGGUAAGCAUCGAUGGUUCCAGGGCAUCUCAUCACGCAAUUCAAAGCUACGAGCGUAAAGAUUCACUUGGAGAUUUGAUGAAUAGCCGCAAUAAAAAACGUAACUUUUU